AUAGUAAACAUAAUACGCUUUUGCACACCGAAGAGUCAAAGCCUACUUCAUUUCAAGACCCAAUGCCUAGUAGUUCUAGUGUUGCGUUGCCUAUUAAUCAUUCAUCAUCAUCCAUUGCUUUCGCCAAAGAAAAUAAUAUCGUUUUGUCGAGUAAUGCUCCUAUACAAUUUACUACUUCUACGCAUGUUUUACUGUCCACAGCUAUGGUGAAAGUGAUUGACGACAACGGCAACAGCAUGGACGCACGGCUUCUACUCGAUAACGGCAGUACGGCAAAUUUUAUAACGCAGUCGCUUUGCAGUAAACUAAAAUUAUCUACACGUUCCGUUACAAACAUGAAGGUGGAGCAUUUGCAGCGUUAUCAAAGAAUCAAUUAUAUAAAGCAGCAUUUUUGGAAGCGGUUUUCUAAAGAAUACGUCUCUUUACUUCAAACAAAAACUAAAUGGUUCCAUUCAACAGGACAACUAUCUGUCGGAACUCUUGUAUUAUUGAAGGAAGCAGGUCAACCUCCUCUACUGUGGCCAUUGGGACGAGUCACCAAAAUUUAUCCUGGCGUCGAUGGAGGCUCAAGAGUGGCAGAACUAAAGAUGAAAGGAAAAACUGUUCUACGGAGCUACAAAAACAUCUGUCCUCUUCCCUUGGACUAGAACCUUCUCGUCACUCUGCUACCACAACUCUUCCAUUACAACCACUUACAUCUGUUUCUUCACAGCCGUGGGCCCAUCACACUGCUUCUUUGAACAAAGGUGUUCAACCCGGGGAGGAUGUUCGCGCCCGAGAUGCGGGCAACACUAUAAGCGGGCGGAGCGGCGUGCGGGUGAAGAAACGUCACUCAAAAUCUCGACCGGCUGCCGAUGCAUACGCGCACCGUAUAAUUUGUCUUUUUGCAACUUUGUUAAUUCCAAAAUAAACCAUUACAACCAAGCAACUGUGUUUGGC